AUCAAAUACAAGGUGAAACUGCAUAAUAACCGAGAAGAUGAAGAAGUAUGCACAUCUACUGCCUUCGGAGUCGCACAGUAUACAGGAGGAUAAACGAACUUUAUAUCAAGAACACUCAAUCUCAACUACAGGCCAAGUGCAAGUUUUGAUUUAUCUGCAGUAUACUAUAAGAAUAAGGCAUGCAGAAUUGCAGAUGUAGUCUCUGUCGUUCUUUUGAUCAUUGGUUUUUAUCUAGUGAACAUUUGAACUACAACAAAGUGCAUUCAACUUGAAAGAGACAUGACAAGACAUUUUCAAUAGAAGUAAAACCAGAAAGAAACAGCAACUUUUUUAUGUUUGUGCGCGGAGUUAGUCGCAUCAAAAAAUGUCGUUGGAGUUUGGUGAUUUAGUCUUGGUCAUCGGCGACCAGCAUAUUCCUCAGAGGGAGAGGGACUUGCCGGAGUGCUUCAAAGAGUUGCUUAACACGGACAAAAUCAAGAUCGUUCUUUGCACCGGCAACUGUGGAUCGCAAGAAGGGCUCGACUCGUUGCAGACAUUAGGUACUUUCUUUCCUCAUGUUGCGUGUCCUCCUUGUGCAUGUGCGCUGUGGUACUUGUAAAUGAGUAAACUGUGACUUCGACAUCUUUAUCUUCUUGUUGUCGUCCAGCAUAAGAUCCGAAUUUAUUUCUAUGCUAUUCGCUGCAGGUCAUGAGGUGCACGUAUGUCGAGGUGAGACAGAUAUCGGGAAUUACGGCAAGGAUCUUCCCGAGUCGCUUGUUCUGGACGUCGGGUCCUUCAAGGUAGGUGUCAUUUCCGGAUACCAGAUUGUCCCCUGGCAGAGCGAGGCGUCUCUUCUGCAGUGGCAACGCAAAUUGGGUUGCGACAUCCUCAUUUCCGGCCACACCCACGAAGCGCGCUAUUUCACACUGAACGGAAAACUGUUUCUGAACCCGGGGAGUGCAACGGGCGCAGCGCAGCACUACGAUGCGGCAAAACAAAUCGCCAACGAUUUCGCAGAAGCCGCGCGGGUGCUGCUUGCGUCUGCUGCACCGGCCGCAACAAGUAAAUCUCCUUCGAAAGCGGCGGCUUCCAAGACCUCCGCGGAAGGCGAAGCGGCCGCUCCAUCUGAACAGGAAACAGGUGAAGCAGCAGCUCUUCUGGCAGGCUCCCCAACUAAAUCCGAGAAUGCUGGCGCGGAGAAACCAAAAGCUGAAGGUACAACUGCGGACACGACGAGCGCAUCUCCCGAAAAAUCAACAGAGGGAGCAGCUGCCACUACGAAAGCAGAUGGUGAUGGAAGCAAACCAUCCUCUCCGGGAGACAAGGCGAAGCCGGAGGGCGAGACUUUGUCUAAAGACUCGAGUAAUGUUGUUGACUUGCUAGGCGGAUUGGACACCAUUGAGGGACCGGCAUCGGGCGUAGACGCAGAGAGCACGGGGCCGCCUCCGACACGGGCAAACACUAUCUGCGUGGGCCCGGCAGCGGAUCAGACGCCCGACCUUUCCGGGCUGAACGCAAAGCUCGAAGAAGUCGCCAACCCAGCAGCGCCAGCAGACAUGCCUCCUGCCGUAGUGGAGGCGGCGGCACCUCCGACAACGCAAUCUCCCCAGUCGGGUGACGGAGCUGCUCAAGGUGAAGCUGCAGCAGCCCCUGCUGCUGAGGCGGCUGCCCCCGCGGCCGCUCCGGCUGCACUGCCGGUGAUCGGCCGACCCACGCCCUCCUUCAUGCUGAUGGCAGUCCAAGGAUCCAAAGUGGUCGUCUACAUCUACAAGGAAGUCGAUGGGGAAAUUACAGUCGACCAGUUCGAUCAUCAGAAAAUGUGAAAGUGAAUGGUUGUAACACUACUUAUAUAUAUGUUCAUCUGCCUCUUCGCCCUUCACCGAGGAAAACAUUUGUUCUAGGAUAGCUUCGCGUAUGAUAGAUAAGUGUGCCUCUUCAUGGAAGUAGUACCUAGUGCUUGCCACGCUUUUUCGUCCACCCACUUCUCCCUCCCUGAUUCCUCAUGUACCCACAGCAUAGAUAUGGUAGUCACUCGGCUCCUCCUACAUGCCGCAAAGAAGUGACUUUUUAUUUUCAAAAAAUUAAAAUGAUUUCUUAGUACACCGUUACAACGACUGACACUGAUAAGAUGAAGACCCACACUCUUACGAACAAUUAUGAUUUCUUCAAAGAACAAGGUUGUUGUAGAGGUAUUUCAGCAGUGAGAUCCCAAGAAACUCUUCCCGGGUACCUUAGCGACCGGCGAAAACGAUGAUAGCCGAAAGCGGCACAAAGUUCGACGUGGUUUCUGAUCAUUUUACAUCACAAGUUUUUACCUAGCUUCUACGGCAUGUAAGCACGGCAUGUGAAGAUCAACUGUUGUAUUAGACAACGCAAUCGAUCCUUCCAAGUUGAAAUUUGCGACCAGGAAGGACCCCGAUGGUCUUUCCAUAGGCUCGCACCCUUUCUGUUCCUUUCUUCAUGAAUUUAGGCCAAAAAAAGAAUGAGAAUGAUUACGCGCUCCGCACAAGUGCAAACGAUACAACUGCGGCGAUCUUCACUAGUACCACUUAAAGACGUCGAUGUGUAAGUAGUCAAAUUUGUUGCAAUAGCCCUACGGUCCUCGUCACGAAAGGCGAUAUCAGGGGCACAUACAUGAC